AUGGUGGCUUUUUGUGACAGUCAGUUAUUUUCAGAAGCGCUCGUAAAAUAUAAAACAAAGUACAUAGAUUUUAUAACUCAGUUGGUUUCAAAGGGCAUUACGGGGUACACGUAUACGGAUAGAGCAGAAUUAAUUAUUUUGUUACUGAAUCCAGUGUUAGAAACACUUGAAUAUAAUACGUUUUUUGUGAAGUGUGAGACUACACCUAAGACUAUUUGUAAGUCUAUGUUCAAAGAGUUUCCAUCUAUCACAGAAAGAAGUAGUUGUUCUAAUGAAAAAUGUAAGAAGUUUCAAGAUACAUAUUAUCCGAUCUAUAUUAUAACAUACAACACUACAAACGGAAUUAUCGGUGAUUUGCAAAAAUGGAUUUGUGACCAAUUUCAAAAUCAACAAAUAGUGUGCAAUUAUACAGAUAACUUGGAAAAAUCCCAAUGCAACAGUCUUAGACGAACAAGUUUUGAAGUAUCCCCAUUAUAUUUACUGAUAGAAGUUUUGUUUUGGAAAGGAGAAAACUUAGAACAGAGUACGGACGCUGCACCACAUGUAGAAGUUAAAUUGGGAGACAUUCCUGCAAUCGUAUUCUAUGAAUCUACAGCGUAUGAAUUAAGAGGAGUUUUAAACUUCCAUAAAGGCAAAACUCAGCUAAGAAAUUCAAUUGGACACUAUACUGCCUAUUGUAAAAGACAAGGAGGUAAUUGGGAACUAUAUGAUGAUUUAAACAAAAAACCAAAAUAUGUAAGUAUAAAUACUGUGGUCGCGUGUGAAAUGUUGUUGUACACUAUCUAAAACAAAAUUGUAUACUUGUAAUAAGACUAUUUUUAAAUAAUUAUUCAUACAAAUUCCUGUAUAAGUUAUAAACAAGAUAAAGUAAAAAAAAUUAUUUAGCAUUAAAAAGUAUUCAAAAAUUGUUUUAAUUAUUUCUCUAUUAAAGUAAGUUUCUUAUUUUGACUCUAUUUGCAAUUUCUUCCCUUGGAUUCAGAAACGAGAGGGAUAACCUCUAUUUAAGGUACACAUGUAAGUAAUUAAACCAAAUUAUUAAUUCAAAAAUAACAGAUUUAUCUUGAAUAUAGGAAAAGACAAAUCUUCUUCUCAUAUGAUAGAAACAUAUAAUGUAAUUCUCUAUUAAGAGUAAAAUAUACUUUUUAUU